AUGCCACGAAGAUCUUACGCCCACGAUGCCAUCGAAGAAGAUAUCUACGGCCGCGAGCGCGAUCCGUACUCCCGUCACAGCAGAGGGAGAGACCGACGCCGCCACUUCAAAGAAGAAGAGGAGGAACUCCGGUACGACCGACGCGUACCGCCGCUGCCGCCGCCGCCUCCGCCGCCUCCACCAUCAGCACCGUCGAUGCCUGUGCCGGUUGAGAAGUUUAAACGGAUGCGGAUACGGGAUGAGAGAGCCCGGGGCCCGGAGAUGAUGAUCCCUGUGGCCCCGGCGCCGCCGGUUGCGUCGCAGCUACUGAGGGAGAGGGAGAGGGAGGAGCCCAAGGCGAAGAAGCCUGUGCAUCGGCCGGUGCGAGAGAUUCUUGAGCCGAGAGAGAGGACGCGGGGGUUCGAGAGGGAGAGGGAUCGGAGGGGAAGGCCGAGGUAUCGCGGGGUUGAUUUGGAGAAGGAGAGGAGGAGGGAGGGGGAGGAGGAAGAGAGUUCCUCAUCAGAGUCGGAGAGUAGUAGUCUCGAGGAGAGUGAUACGGAAGAGGAGGAAGAGGAUAUGGUCAUUGUCGGAAGGCACGGGAGGCCGAAGCAUGGCCACUUGUCACGACGUGCAGAAUUAAAAGAGGCUCCGAGAGGGAUUCUUCGCAACCCGAAAAUAGAGCAGGACGAGUUGCUGCUGAAGCGGCAGUAUGAGCGCACUCGCAGCAGCGGUCCAGUGUAUGCUACUGCUACGCGGACGCGACACAAGCACCGCCAUCACCGACACAGAGGUCUCGAAGAUGCGGACGGUGAGCUCGACGAGGAAGUGGACAAAGAGGAGGUCUUCCGCCGAAAGUAUAGGGAGCGCAGACGCGGUGGAGAUGUGGUUGAGGAGGAAGAGGAGAUCCGACGGUCUUCGUCGGAGAUGGAAAGGUCUCGACUUCCGUCCCCAAAGAGAUAUCCUGCCUUCUCGGAUAGGCAUGUCUACGAGGAUCACCGAAAGACUCAUCGCCCUCGGCUCUCUAAUUCUGACCUCCUUUACGAGUCUGAGACCCAUCGUCGUGAGAGGUCCAGAGGACGACUGGAUAGGAAUGAGAUACCUAUAAUUCGACCCAAGAAAAGGGGCGGUCACCCUCCACCGCAUCCAGACCCUUACCGACGUUCGAAAGACGGCCUUCCUCUCGUUGCCCCCGAAGCGACGUUUACUGAGCGCGAAAAAGAAGUGCUCACUGUGGUGCGCCGCGACGGCAGCCACGAGUCCCUCAAGGAAGAAGAAUUCGUUGAACAGGACUAUUAUACGCCUCCAGGCCAUCAGCCAUUGCCGAGGAAAAACUCGUUCAAGGAAAAGGACCAACUUGAGGUUAUCGGGCCAGUCCCCCGAGCGAAACGUGACAGAGCCCCGCCGGACACUGAUGCGUUGCGAUACCCUGACCGGGAUCCGAAGCGUGGCUUUGGUGAGCCCCGACAGUCCGACGAGGACUCAAGCCGUCAGUUUGGUAGGAUAGGAAGACGGUUUGUCGGUGUCAAGGACCAUCGCGAGCGCCUGUGGACCGAGAUCACGAGGGACUUGGUCGUGAAGGAAGCUCUCGAACGGGCGGGCUAUGAGUAUGAGGAGACAGAAACGUCGUACUUCAUCUUUACCUACUUGGAGAAGGUGCGGACGCACUCUGGCGCUGCCGCGUCAUUGUGA